AUGGCAGCGCCCAGCCAGGAUAGCAACGAUGGCAAGGAUGGCGAGUCGGCUCCCGCUCGCCGACCCAGAGCCCCUACCAUUAAUAUCGAUACCACCGCCGUGGGUUCAGGUCAAGCACCGGAACCGGAUGCACCUGAAGUAGGCCCGCAAGCCGUCACGAACCCUCCCGUCACCCACAGCAACCCGACCGACACCGCGCCAGCCUCAAACGAGCGCAGCGUCUCUCAGACGAGGCCCGAGGUGCAAGCCGCAAUGGCCUCGGAUGCCAAGGACAGCCGCCCUACCAGCCCACACAAUGUCCUCAAUCCCUUGUCGUUUCGGGGACCCGGCCCUAGCCAGGGCUUCCUCGCCGUCCCUAACACCCAGCGCUCGCGCCAAAAUUCGGUCAAUUCAGGGGACGAUGCGCGCUCCGUCACCUCCUCCCAAGGAGAGACCGUUAUUGGUGCCUCGUCUUCUGGCGAGAAGAACAGCCCCCCGUUUGACAGGUCCGGCAAUAACCGAAUUAUCAACGACGAAAAUGCUCUCAAACCGGAUCAGGGGAAGGAGGCCGAGUUCGAGGUGGAGAACAACCCUUUCGCCUUCAGCCCCGGCAUGAUGAGCAAAAUGUUUGAUCCCAAGAGUUUGUCGGCCUUCUGGAAGCUGGGCGGCCUUGCUGGUAUCGAAAAGGGGCUGCAGAGCAACCGCACCACAGGUCUAAGCGUGGAUGAGACCAAUCUUACCAGCGCGGUUUCUUUCGAGGACGCCACCUCCCGCUCUUUGACCAAGGCGCAGACGGAGGGUGCCGCCCCUUCUUCACCCAGUGGCCAUGCGGCGUACUCUCCGGCCCGUGAUUCGUCGACCGAAUCUUUCUCCACGAGAAAGCGCGUAUUUCACGACAACAGACUGCCUGAGAAAAAGGGCAAGAGCCUUCUCCAACUCAUGUGGAUCACAUACAACGACAAGGUGUUGCUGUUGCUGUCGGCCGCUGCUAUUGUCUCUCUCGCCGUCGGCCUCUACCAAACUUUUGGCCAGGAACACGAUUCUGAUGAACCCAGCGUCGAAUGGAUCGAGGGUGUCGCAAUUAUCGUCGCCAUCGCAAUUGUGGUUCUAGUCGGCUCUAUCAACGAUUUCCAAAAGGAGCGCCAGUUCGCCAAGCUGAACAAGAAGAAGCAGGAUCGCUUGGUCAAGGGCAUUCGGUCCGGCAAGACGAUCGAGAUUUCGGUUUUUGACAUUCUGGCAGGCGAUGUUUUGCUCCUGGAGCCUGGCGACAUGAUACCCGUCGACGGCGUUCUCAUCGAGGGCUUUGGCGUCAAAUGUGACGAGUCUCAGGCGACUGGUGAGUCGGACAUCAUCCGCAAGAAGUCUGCCGACGAAGUCUUUGCCGCUAUCGAAAACCAUGAGAGCCUGAAGAAGAUGGAUCCCUUCAUGCAGUCCGGCUCUCGCGUCAUGGAAGGUGCCGGCACAUUCAUGGUCACCUCUACCGGCAUUCACUCAAGCUACGGCAAGACGAUGAUGGCUCUAAACGAAGAUCCCGAGGUCACGCCCCUGCAGUCGAAGCUCAACGUCAUCGCAGAGUACAUCGCAAAACUUGGUGGCGCCGUCGCACUACUUCUCUUCCUGGUGCUUUUUAUCAUCUUCUGCGUUCGCCUCCCCAGGCAGUAUGCGAACUUGACGCCGGCAGAGAAGGGGCAGCACUUCAUCGAGAUCUUCAUUGUUGUUGUCACCAUUGUGGUCGUCGCUAUUCCCGAAGGCCUUCCUCUCGCUGUCACCCUGGCGCUCGCCUUUGCUACCACUCGCAUGCUCAAGGACAACAACCUCGUCCGCCACCUCAAGGCGUGCGAAGUCAUGGGCAAUGCGACGACGAUUUGCUCCGACAAGACCGGUACUCUUACCCAAAAUAAGAUGCAGGUUGUGGCCGGUACCAUCGGCACGGCCCACCGGUUCGGCACCACGACGACUCCGGAAGAGCAGGAUCCUAUGGAUCGGGACGUAGAAAUCCCGGAACUCAUCGCGACACUCAGCCCCGAGGCAAAGGAUCUGUUAUUGAAAUCCAUCUCGCUCAACUCCACAGCGUUCGAAGGGGACGUAGACGGUGAACACACCUUUAUUGGCUCCAAGACCGAGACUGCGCUUCUCAUUCUGGCCCGGGAGCACCUUGCGAUGGGCCCUGUCAGCGAGGCGAGAGCUAACGCGAAGACGCUGCAUCUGAUUCCUUUUGACUCCGGGCGCAAAUGCAUGGGCGUGGUGAUCCAACUGGACAACGGCAAAGCACGGCUCUACGUCAAGGGAGCCUCCGAGAUCAUGCUGGAGAAGUGCACUCAAAUUCUACGGGAUCCAUCCAGCGGACUAGCUACCUCGACCCUCACCGAAGAAAACCGGGAAACCCUCAAGAAGUUGAUCGAGACAUACGCUCGGAACUCGCUGCGAACCAUCGGCCUUAUCUAUCGGGAUUUUGACCGGUGGCCGCCCAGGCCCACCCGCCGUUUGGGUGCCGAGAAGGACGAGAUCGUUUUCGAAGACAUCUGCCGGAACAUGACCUUUGUCUCCGUUGUUGGCAUUAAGGACCCCCUGCGCCCUGGUGUCCGCGAGGCGGUUCGUGAUUGCCAAAAGGCCGGCGUCGUGGUCCGCAUGGUUACCGGAGACAACAGAAUAACCGCCGAGGCUAUUGCUGCGGAUUGCGGUAUUCUGCAGCCCAACAGCGUCGUUCUCGAAGGCCCCGAGUUCCGCAACAUGACCAAGGCCCAGCAAGACGAGAUCAUUCCCCGGCUCCACGUUUUGGCACGGUCUAGCCCCGAAGACAAGCGCAUCCUGGUAAAGCGUCUGAAGGACCAGAACGAAACGGUUGCCGUGACGGGAGACGGUACCAACGACGCGCCCGCCUUGAAGAUGGCCGACAUCGGCUUUUCCAUGGGCAUUGCCGGAACCGAAGUCGCCAAGGAGGCGUCUGCCAUCAUUCUCAUGGACGACAACUUCAACUCGAUUGUCAAGGCGCUGAAGUGGGGUCGUGCUGUCAACGAUGCCGUCAAGCGCUUCCUCCAGUUCCAGUUGACCGUUAACGUCACUGCCGUCGUUCUGACCUUCGUAUCAGCCGUUCAGAGUGCUGACCAGACAUCUGUCCUCACGGCCGUCCAGCUUUUAUGGGUUAACCUCAUCAUGGAUACCCUCGCUGCGCUGGCUCUCGCGACCGACCCCCGCAGGACAGCGUUUUGA